AUGUUUAUUUUCUUCCCCCCCUUUAGAACGGGGUCAAAGCUUUUCCUUCUGCCCAGCUCCACGAAGGACCUAGUUAGGGCUAUCAACGCCUUCGUACCUGGCGCGAGUCUUCCCCUACCGGAAGAGCUUGUGUCGGUAAUCGAGGCUUACCUGGACAGACACGGCGACGAGGGACCUUCGGAACGCCUUCACGAGGAGCUGCUGUCGAUCUGGGAAAAGUCUGUCAAAGAUAGUCCGGCUUCGCAGGCUGCAUGGCUUGCUAUUCUGCGUGAACUGCUGCCAGCCCUGAACAACCCAGCCUUUAUCAUCGACUGGUGGGAUCGUGUGCAAGAGCCCGUCUUGAAUCACCUGACGGAGGAUAAGGUCCUUCGGUCGGAAGCCUGGGCCAACACCCUCGCCGUCCUCACCGGCGACCAUGUUGCAGAGAACGAUGGCUCGCAGCAGCUUGCGAUCCGGCUGCUGAACAUAUGGAUGCAGUCCACCCACCUCCCCGGCCAGGGUGACAGCUCCUCGGCGUCGCUCAGGGCGAAUUUGAUACGUGGAGGGCUACUGAGCUAUGGCCGGAAGAGACCUAAGGGCCUCCUGGUUGCCUUGGACGCCUUCAUGGUGCAGAGAGACUUCCGAGCGCAAGCUCUCACGCUCCUCUGCGAGUUUGUACAGAGCCAGCCUCCGCAUCUGCAUGUUGUCCUAGAGACACCGCUGUUCGACAAUAUCUUGCGCUGUCUUCAACAUGACACCUCGACAACGGUCGUCACGAUCGCUGUCACCGCCUUGACCAUGUUGUUACCGAAUGUACCGAGCUCAUUGGUGCCGUACCUCCCGAAAUUGUUCAAUGUUUACGCUAGAUUACUUUUUUGGGACCGGGAGAGAUCGCUAGCUGCUGAGAUUCCAGGCGCGGAACCCGAGGCCAACCGGGUUGCGCCGCCUUCGGAUUGGGAGCAGUGCGUCUUCUCACACGACAUUGACCACGCAUCAAAACCCAACCUCCUCAGCUACUUCACCAUUUUAUAUGGUUUAUUUCCUCUGAACUUCCUCGAUUACAUCAGGAAGCCCGAGCGCUAUUUGCGCCACGCUGAUGACCCGCAGGCGGACACUAUUGAAGUACAGCCUUCAGAAAUCCGGCAGAAGUCAGAACGAUUCAGGCAGUACCAUGUGCUGCAUCCAAACUUCUACUGCCUCACUGUGGAGAGCGAGAAGACCGAUCUCAGCCGAUGGCUUAAGAGCGAAGCGUCUGAGGUCGUGGCGGACUGCACAGCGCUUUGUCUGGCCACAGACUUUGGGUCUGGGCUUGAAAUCGGAGCCCAGCAAGACUUUGGGUUAUCUGAGGUCGGAUACACUGCGAGAAGCAGGGCGGAUCAACCGUUCCUCACAGGCCAGGCCAUUCUGGACCGUUCGUCAUCCCGAGAUCAGAGUUGGCGGUCAGCCAUCUUCACAGGGUCACUGGAAGAUAGCCGUACGCAGUCCUCGGUCUUCCGACGUCAGUCUCAGUCGAGCCAUGCUCCGUCUACGCGCAACAAUCGUGAGGCGUUGGCUGAUAGUCCGACCUUGCCGCCGUCCUUGACCAUGUCAACUUCGCACACCAAUCUGCAGGACAUGAUCAAUUCCAACAAGGUGAUCAAGUCUGGGCUGCACCAGUCUAUGGCCAAUGACAGCGUGCCUUCCUUAUCUCUCAGUCACCAAGACUCGGCACCUGAAAGGCCGGCAAGCAAGGUCUCUGCGGCCGCGACAGUGCCUCCUCCAGAGCUCUCCCCAGCAACACCAGGCAACGGCAGUGAUCAGGUCUCGCAACUUCGCAAGGAGAUCUUGCUGCUGAGUAAUGACCUGGCGUUUGAGCGGUACAUGAAGCAACAGCACAUGGCUCACAUUGGCGAGCUGAAGAGGCGGCAGUUGAGAGAGGCAGCUACAGAAGCCGAGACGCAAAAUCUGAUCCUGAUCAAUCGCAGCCUGCGCAAUCGCCUGGAAGAGGCCAAGCGGUCCGAACUCCGCGCAAAGAAAGAGUCCGACAACCGUCGCAAUCUGUCUAAGAAGUGGGAGACCGAUCUGGCGGCCAAGCUUAAGCUUCUUCGCGAGGAGCAGAAGAAGUGGGGCAGCGAGGGCGCAACUCUCAGGCGCGAUCUCGAGGUCAAGACGCAGGAGUCUGUGAAGCUGACCAAGAUGCUGUGUGAAUACGAGACGACAGAGCUGAACUCGAAACAGAACCAACAGGCGGUCAACGAUCAUGCCGAAGAGAUUGCCAGACUGAAGGCCGAGGUCAACCGCUUCGUCGAGCUGGAGCGGACGUAUCAGGCGAGGGAGCAGGAGGCAGAAGGGCGACUGGCCGAGGCCGCCGUGUCGAUCAGCCGUUCGGUCAUGUUGAGCAUGCAAUUGGAUGCUCGCGAUUCGGAAAUCCAGGAAACGAGGAAGUUGUACGAGUCACAGAUUGCAGAGCUCAAUAAGCAGCUCCAGGAGGCGCUGUCUAGUGGUAGCAUAGGGUUGUCAAGACGAAAGCGCGACUCCAAGCAAGCCGUCGAAAGCUCUCUGGCGGCCAGCCGGGCCAAGAUGGCCGAGCUGCAGAGGCAGCACACCCAGCUGGUCAGGAAGUACACCAACCUCCAGUCAUCCUUCCUCGACAUGAAUGCCGCCAGAGCACAAUCCUUGCCCAUGAGGUCAGGCAUCGCUUCGGACUCUUCAGAUGCCGAGAUUUCGGCGAUCGUGCAGAACAGUGAUCCGCUGAGCCCAAUUCGCAAGAGAUCACUCCGUGAGCGAGGCUUCUCGGACCCUGAGGCCGUCGUUGAGGGCGCACAAUACAACGUCACGCCACCACUCGAUGCGUUGGCGAGCUCGUCAGCCAAGACGGCGCUGCACCGGCCCUCGACGCCGGCAUCUGGGACCGUAAGCUCAUCGUCAACGGCUGAGCCGGAAGUAGUACGGCAUUACGGGCGAGGCGGCGUUCAGAAUUCGCGAAAGGAAAAGAAGGACAAGGACAAGAAAUCUUCGGGCAUACGAGGGAUCCGAGGCUUCGUAUGA